CAUAGACGCGUUCAGCAGAUAAGUUUGGCUAUUCCCUCCUGCCUCUGCAUGAUUCCUCAGAUAUCAACUGUUGAAGUCUGAUUUUUCUCCCGUUCCAAUUCAGCCCAUCCAGCUUCUCCAUUACGACGAAAACUAGCAAUCAUGUCUGCCCCCACUGAACCCCGCCCUGACCCAUUCCGCCACACCUGCCUCGUCCCCUAUGUCGAAGCUGCCACAGCACCGCCCGCCAUCGCCGAAAAGAUCAAUGUCCUGCCCUUCCGUCGCAAUAUCUUCCUUCUUUUGGCGCACUCCCCCGGCUUGUUCCCACACAUGAUGGGGCUUAUCGGCGGUUGCUUCAACAAGGAUGUUCGCAAGAUCCCCUUGCUAGACUGGCAACUCAUCGUCCUCCGCACCGCCACCACCCUCGGUGCAAAAUAUGAAUACGACGUCAACCUCCCCGUCGCCGAGAUCUUCAACUUGGGCGAAGAAAAGAUCGCCGCCAUCGGCUGCACUGCCUUAAGUGUGCGCCAAGGCGAAGGCCCAUGGACUGCCCGCCAGCGCGUAAUCCUGCGAGUUGUGGAUGAGCAGCUCGCGACCUACACCAAUACCCCUGGCACGAUCAAGGAUGCGGUGGAGAUCCUGGGCCAUGCGGAGUUGGUGGAGGUGCUCAUUAUUUUGGGGACUUAUUCCACACUUGCUAGGAUCAUUAAUGGGUUGAGAAUUGAUGAUGAUCAGCCGGUCAGGCCGGAGGGGUUGGAGGACAUGUUGAAGGCCAGUGUUACCGAGUAGAGCGGGGUGUGAUGUGACAAACGCAAGUGCUGUGCGUUGAUGAUGUUUAGUUGCUUUUGGAUUUUAUUGAUUUAUUGAUUUAUUGAUUUUGUUUUUGUUUUUGUUUUUACUUUUACUUUUACUUUUUAUUUUAUGAGACAGAUGAGUUUACAUUCCGUUCCAAAGUAACAGUAACAGUAACGAGACACAAAAAACACAAAGUAAGAAAAUCUGCCCACCCGGUCAUCGAGAAUACAACAUCCAACUUCCCGUACCUACUGCUCCGCUUUACCCAUGCGCCACGAGGAUCUUUUGUCGGAACAGUUACACAUGGGGAGUUUGGUAAUGGGGAG